UAUCCUUUUUCACUAACUUUUCUCUCAAACCACCAUCCCCAAAAAAACUCUGAUUUUUUUCUCUUACUCUUCAUUUAAUGUUUUUAUUUUUUUUAUUUCUUAUAAAUAUCUCUAUCUGACUAGUGACUACUAGUUUCUGAAAAUUAAUUAAUUCAUCUCUGCCACUUUAAAUUAAAAAAAAAAAUGCAGCAGUUCUUAAUUCAACCCUAGUUUGAAGGAUCCUAUCCUACUAAAAGCCUAUUCAAUAUCUCAUCUCAUCUUACACCUCGAAACUAAUGCAAAAAAAAUAAAAAAUCAUCAUGAUUCACUCAUCAUAUAAUCACUGCCUUUAAAUCCAUCUUUUUCAUCCUUCUUCUCAUUCAUUCAUUCAUUCUCUCUUCAAACUUUCCCUUCCCUUUUAUAAAACCUUCUCUACCAUAUUUCAUAUAUGUUCACUAAUAAUAAUAAUAAUAAUUCACAUCCUAUAAUAAUGCAAAGACUAUUUUCACCUUUGUUAGAACCAGACCUAUCUUUAAACAUAAGUCCACCUUCUAAUAUUUCAGAUUCUGAAGCCAAAGAAAUGGAAACCUACAAAAGAGUAAGAACAACUAGUAAACCAGUUUAUAAUUACAAUGAUAUAUCUAAUUCAUCCACUAAUUCUGAUUCAGCUAGUAGUGGAAGUGAGUUAAGCCAUGAAAAUGUCCAUAAUAUCCUUCAUCAUCAUCAUCAUGAGCCAACUUUGAGAUUAGGCUUUGGAAACUCAUGUUUCAAUCCUCAAUAUCAUCAUCUUCAUCAACAAGUACAAGGUGUCUCUAGAAACUUCAACCACCAUAUUCAACCACACAUCUAUGGCCGCGAUUUCAAGCGAAGUUCGAGACUCGUCAAUGGUGUCAAAAGAAGUGUGAGAGCUCCAAGAAUGAGAUGGACUACUACCCUUCAUGCUCAUUUUGUUCACGCAGUUCAACUUCUUGGUGGUCAUGAAAGGGCAACACCAAAAUCAGUGUUAGAGUUAAUGAAUGUUAAGGAUCUAACCCUAGCACACGUCAAGAGUCACUUACAGAUGUAUAGAACAGUGAAGACCACUGACAAAGGAACAGGUCAUGCACAGACACAAGGAAUUUUUCCUUUGCAUGGAGCUAAUUCUUCAGCUUGUGAGAGACCAAAUAAUUUACCACAACCACUCCAAAAUUCACAGAGGACAUCUUGGCAAUCAUCAAUAGAGACAAAUACAAACAAUACUGAAGAAAAAUCCGAAAUUGGUUUAACGUAUUCUCAUUUGAAAGGAAAUGAUGCCAUGGUGGAUUCUACACCAUUGACACGUUCCAACACUAUGAUUGACUUAGAAUUCACACUUGGAAGGCCUAAUUGGGAAAAAGACCAUGCCGAAUCAUCAAGAGAAUUACCUCUUCUCAAGUGUUAAAUUAAUAAUUAAAUUAAUUAACACUAACUAGCCUUUCCUUAUCAUUAAUGAAUACUACAUUACUACUAGGAAACUAAUUAUUCCAUGUGUGAAUGAUUUUAAUAUAUCUAUCUAUAAGUUUUGUUUGAAAGGGAAAUGAGGAAUAUUGGGAUAAAAA